AUGUUUGAUUUCAGCGAUGACGCGUCGCGUCGUGAGAAAUGCUACACCACUAUCGCUCAGUUACCUCGGGUUAUCGAUUCAAAUCAAAUACCUCGAAAGAAGGCUCCCUUCUCUACGAUCAUGAAUCAUCCCUUUGUACACACGGUUGAAGUCAUUCUGGAAGACGAGGUGUACGCGGAGGUUCAGACGUCAUUGGAUGAAAUCAAUAAGCCACGAUCUGCUCGCGUCUUCAUGUCUCCAUCAGAACUCCUGGAGCAUGACUUCUUCAAUACGUACAUCAAGAGGGGUAACGUGAUGAUGAUCUCAGAAGGCCGAGCAGGGUCAGACACCAUGUUCACGCUCAAUGAUGGCAUCCUCAGGAUUGAACUUGGCAAGGAAGUGUAUGAGCGCACAGGCUUGACCGGAAAACCUAUCCGAAGCGGUGGAAGGAAGCAUGCCAAAGAUAGAUUUUUGGUUGAGUUGAAUUUGCGACUGCCGUCUAUGUUGCACGGCAAGAAGGGCUUUGACAGAAUUGUUUGGGCUUUUCAGAAUGUGCUGAACAGACCCAUGGCGUGGCUCUUCUGUGACCUGGUCAGCCUUUCUGUGGAUCAAGAAUCUCCCACUCCGAUUGAAAAUCAAAGCCCGCAAUGGAUUGACUCCGGGCCUAAAAAGACGAAUCUGAGCCGAGUGUCGAUGCCCCCCCUUCAAGGGCUUGUAUCAUCUCAUAUGUCCGAGGACGAUAUGCAGCAGAAAUGCGGUGCCUUCUCUGAAUGGAUUGCGUUGGUGCAAUUGAAGUCAUCUCGCAUUUUGGCCGACGAUGAGGUUGACCCAUAUCUGAGCCGCUAUGAGGUUCAGGUUCCAGGGGACGAGGUCUGCAGGACCGUCAACCUGGUUAGCCUAAAAUGGCAAGGAAUUAUCUCAUCGAAGUGGAUUCUGGAUCUAUAUGCAUGGCUACUCAGCAAUGGCCGCAAAUCCUCCCAUGGUUCCCGUCUCAGUCCGUCGUCAUCAUUCAGCUGGUUCGCACUUUCUGCCCUGACGCUGCGAACACAAGCUGUAGACGGAAGGGACGGUUUCACCAUUGUCACGGCGCCGUCAAUUGCUUCGCAAGCACCAUCUCAUGGAAAUCUAAGCCUUUCAAUGUCUGGAGAUGAGGAGACAUCGCUUCGCGAUGCCCCGAGAUCCAGUUCGGUGACCUGGGACCGGACUGGCCAGCCCGAAUUUGAGGACCAAGAGUCCCGGGCUCUUUACGAGGCUUUCAAAGCCUUUGAUUGGGAGAGUCUUGAACGUGAUAGACGUCAAGACCAGGAGUACCGUGCCGUCCUGGAAACCUUCACCACUAUUGAGUGGGAAGGUUCAAGCUCCAACGACGCAGAAGCGUCUCUCCCCUCGCCAGAGACAUCAUCAGUCUCUGAGACCGUCAACUCGUCUGGCGCAGUCGACAAUCAGGCCGUGCCAGCCACGCAAAUUUCAAGUCCGCAGCCUGCGGCAUCCCACCCUGAGCCCCUGCCAGCUCUAAAGGCAACUGUCAAACGCAGUCGUGUCCAAAAGACUGCCUCAAAGACUCCUUGCCGGGUGAAAGUCCCGGUUACCAGCAAUUUCACCUGGGAUCAGACGUAUCUCACGGUGCCAAAGGGGUUUGUGGUCAACCCCAACAAUCAUGGCCGCUGGAAAAUUGACGGAUACGGCAAAAAAACGUAUCUAAACGGCCCUAAAGACAACAAAAAACGGGCUCGAAGGCCACGGCCUCAGCUGCCUGGCUGUCACGUCUUCUCUGCUUGUCCUCCUUCGUUCUCCUCUUCCUCCUCCUUCUCCUCCUCCUCCUUCUUAUUUUCCGCCUCUUCUUCUCUUCCGGCAUCUCGUUCUCCUUCUCGUCCUUCUGUUGUCCCUUCUUCUGUGUCUUUGUCUACUUCUCCUGUUCCUUCUCCGGUCCCGUCUCCGGUUCCUUCUGUUACUCCCGCUGUCUCUGCUGCUGUUCCCGUUGUUGUUCCUACUGCUGCUCCCGAUGUUCCUUCUAUCACUGUUUCUUGUACUACCCCUGUUCUUUCUCCUGCUGCUCCUGUCAUCCGUAACGUGAUGACUCCAGCUCCCUCGUCUUUUGUUCGUCUCCUUACUCCACCCAUCACUCCUCCGAUCCUUCUUGUGCUCCUUCUUAUGCUCCUUCUUAUGCUCCUUCUUAUGCUCCUCCUUAUGCCCCUUCUUAUGCCUCUUCUUAUGCACCUUCCUAUGCUCCUUCUUAUGCUCCUUCCUAUGCUCCUUCUUAUGCUCCUUCCUAUGCUCCUUCUAAUCCUCUCUUCUAUCCAUCUUCAUGUUCUCCUUCCUAUUCCCUUUCUAAUCCUCCGACCUGUGGUCCUUCAUAUCCUCCUUCUUACCCUCCGUGUUGUCCUACGUGUCUCCAACCUCUUCCUGCCCUUGCCCCUUUUGACCCUCUAUACCAGGACGAUCGUUCCUGGCUUCCUCACACCCCUCCUCACUGACUGUUUUGCGUCCUUUCUAUCACCUUGUGUUCUGCUGUCUGUGUUCGGCCUCUGUCACAUUUGCUUCAGCGUAUCGUUUGGUUCAACUUUGCAUCCCAUAUGGUGUUAUCAUUAG